AUGACACACUGGUUUUGGGAACACAAGCGUUCAGUUGUGUCGACGCCAAGUCGAAGCACUGGUUCAACAUUGACGCCAGACACGUUGUCCUGUCUAGUACACCCAAUGCUGCCCAACCGGUUUAUCACAAGAUACGACGUGAACACCACCAUGAAGCCCCCACGUCCUUUGAACUUUCAAGAAAUGGUGGAUUGCUCCAUCUCGUGUGGUUUCGCUGUCACGUCCCAAGAAUCGAGCCAACGCGACCGAGGCCACUUCGGAGAGAUAAAUAUUCAGGAUGCCAGAUUUGUGGAACACAAUUGAGGCCAGUAGUCAAGAGCCAUGAUCAGGGAACAGCAGUUCCCAACGGAAUUGUCCUUUUCUUGUUGUAAUUCAUGCUGUUGGCUCAGAAUGGGUUGACACUCACCUGUUUUCGACCCUGAAAAUUAAACAUCGAACAUUGUUACUCUUUGUUAAAAGUGAACCUUGCAAAAUACAUGUAUGUACUUAUUCCUGAAAUCAAUAGCACUUCAUGUAUGUACUCGCUGAUCCAGAAUAUUGCUAUUUCUUGUUCCGUUUUCAAUGUGGCAAUCCAUUUACCUCUGAGCUAUUUCAUAGCACAAGAAGUGCAACAUACAAUGGAGCUAUUUCUUGAUCACAGCAAAAAUGUGUUUCUACAUGGUUUUACUCAAAUGAUACAAGAAUGUACGAGCCUUAUUGACCUAUUUGUUUUCAAGAGGAAUUGGUUGUAGGUUUUCUUUCUUUUUCUUAAGGCAGGCCUAAUUUAACAGAAGGCCUAUAUUUUAGGUAGGAUAUUAUUUAUACUAUAGGCCCAUAUCAGUUUUGAGAUCAAUUUCCUCUUGAAGACAAUAAACGUCAAUCGAGUCUCUGCACCAUUUUGAUUGGGCGGUUUUGGGCUAAAAUACUGUACAAGAGAUUGCUCCAUUGGUGUUAACAGAAUAUGUCAUUGUUUUGGUCAGCAAUCAGUUCUUGCCACCUUGAAAGCGGUCACGGUUACUUACGACUUGUACAUUGUUCAAAUGUUAUUAUGCUAUUGUCAUUUGCCUUUGCCCCCCCCCCCCCCCCCCCAUCCUUAUCGACACUCACAGUGCACCACCCUCCAUCCCAUGCCCCGCAUGCGCACUGACCCAACAUCUGAUCCCUUGACACGCUUGCUCAAGCGGCUCAAGCGGCGUCAGCAGUAUCAACGUUGUGUUAUUGUAU